GUCCAUGCCCGCCUCCGCACGCAAGAGCAGCCUAGGCAACCUCCGCCGCGGGCCCCAGAAGUACAUCCCUUACCGCGCCGAUGACUUUCAGCAUGGCAAGAAGACCGGAAUCGCGGUUGGCUACGUCGACCGUCUGUCCGACGAAUUCGAACCGUUCGACAAGGUCAUCAGCCAAGCCGACAACCGCACGCCGUUCAGACCACAGGUUGCGCGUAAGAAGCGCGGUCCGAAGACACCAGUAGUCGUGCACGAGGAGCCGGAGGACGAUGAGGACGGGGAGAUGUCCAUGGAACUUGAAGACAGCAUACCGAACAGCCCGUCCGCGUAUUUCGCGCAUACACGCGUAAAUCCCAUCACCUCGAGCGUGCAACGACCCGGCUCUUCUUCCCGCCCUGUCGCACAUACCUCCGAUGUUGAUUUUGACGCGGUGCCCUCUCCCCGCGCGUCUCCCUCGUACACAGCCAGGAAGUCGCUCCCACACAGCCGUGAAACGCUCUCCUUGGGUCGGUCGCGUCUCUCGCACUCUACGGUCGCACCUGAAGAAGACGACGAUGACGACGACGGGUCUGAUGGGGGAGGCGCCCCUGACUAUGGUGGCUACGAUGACAACUUUGACGACGAGGAUGAUACCCCACCGCCAGUCUCUCGGACACCCCACAGGACACCUCACAGAGUGCAAACGCCGCGUCGGACCAGCUUCGCGCAGAUGGACCAGGAGGCCGAGGAGGAAGCGCAGGUGGAGGACGCGAUGGACUUUGGCCGGUCUCCGAGCGCGAAAGCGCGCGGUAAGCAGCGUGCAAGCUAUGUGUCACCGCCACCUCCUCAGUACGAGGACGACAUGGAACCCGAGAUAGCGCAGGGUCUUGAGGACCUCGAGCAGGAGCCCGACGAAGGGCAAGAUAUAGAGCCACCAAGCAUGAAGGUCGUGCAGCGUAAGAAGGGCAAAGAGGUCGUCACGAAGCCUAAGGAGCGUGCAAAGCCAAGAGAGAAGCCGCGUCCUCGCAAGGAUAUUGUGCUACGAGAACUCUCUCCUGAUGACCCGAACACCGAUGGUGUACGACGCAGCAAGCGCAUGCGGUAUUCUCCCCUCGCCUGGUGGAGGCUGGAGAAGGUGGUAUACGGACGCAGAGAGAACGGAGCGAGUUAUGUGCCCAGCAUCAAGGAGAUUCACCGAAUCCCGCAAAUCAAACCGGAACCUCUCGGAAAGAAGAAGAGGGGCGGACAGCGCGGGAAGAGCCGUACGGUUGACGAGCCAGAGGCUCAGCAAGUCAUCGUUUACGAUCCCGAAGGCGGGUGGGACGACGAGACUGAUCCGUAUUGCAAUGUCCUCGAGUACGGAGAGGACGGAAAGGAGGUUACGCGACGUGUUGCGUUCACUGCCAAGAUGGUGCAGCCGAAGGCUGCGGGUCAAGGAGCGUUCUAUUUCCAGAAGAUAUUCGGAGACGGGGAUUUCCUUGCUGCUGGCCAGCUCAUCAUUCCACCUCAUUCGACCAAGCCAACCAAAGGGACUAAGGAUAACACCUUCGUGUUCUAUGUUAUCCAAGGUGCUAUCAAGUUCGCUGUGCACCAGAAUAACUUCAUCCUUGCAACCGGAGGAAUGUUCAUGGUCCCUCGAGGAAAUGUGUACUACAUUACCAACAUAUGCGAGCGCGACGCGAAGAUCUUCUUCGCCCAGGCGCGCAAGAUGCCAGAGGAUAUCAAGGACCCAGCGGACGAUGAGGCGUCUGAGGACGAAGGCCGCUCGCGCUCGCGGUCCGCUGGUAAGGCAUUGCGCCGCGAGUCUACAGGCCGGGCGUCAUCGGACACCGUCAAUGCGGAAGAGCAGCCCAAGACCAAGUCCCGCCGCGGCACUUCAGCAAGAUAGCGGAAACUAUCUGUGCUCGCUCCCUGUUCACAUUACCCCCGCAUCUCACCCAGCCUAUCCUCCAUCAUGGACCUCAUGUAGCCAUGACUCUCUGGUCCUCGUGUGUAUGCUGACUCUGACUAGUGACAUCCUGU